UAAAAGCAAACACAGUGUUCUUGAGUUAUUAAACGUAGCUAUGAGCAAUACAGCAGUUGGGUUUUUGUUUCUAGAUUUUUUAAUUGUUGUGCAAUCCCUACUCCCCGGGCAAAACUACUGUACCAUGCCUGUGGCGUUAAUAAAGUAUCGAAUGAUGUGCUCACCUCUGCUCUCACUCUGGGUCCUUAGAGAAGGCAAAUGUGUAGAGGCUUUGCAUUGUGCGAAAGGAUACUCAAAAAAAGAGUGCAACGACAACUGCCUUGGAGUGCAAAAAACAAAGAAGAAACUCAAGUCGAGCCCCCCAACAAAACCCCAACUAAAAACGAAAGAAAUUCCAAAACCCCUAACCACUUGUGCAACCACAGAGGUGGAAUUAAAAACAACUACAGAGCAGUAUGAGCCACCUAAAGGACAAAUUGUGCCACCUACCAGAGAAACUAGAAGGCCUAAACGAACUCGAAGAACGAGACGGUUUACCAUUAAAGAGAUAUGUUAAGAAAGACAUUCAAAGAAUAAAUCAAAUUGUUAUUUUCA